UGUCUCCACUCUCCACUCACCACUCCGCCGCCCUCAUCGCCAAGAUCCCCUCCGCCCACAAAUAUUUUCUUGAUUCUCCCUCCACCCACACCUUGAUCGCCUCCGAUCCCUAAAUUUCCCCGCCGGCUUCGACCGCCUCCGUCCCGUCCCGGAGUCGGCGCGCGGGAUGGGGAAGAGGAAGGCCAAGAAACCCGCCGCGAGGCCCCGCAGCGGCGCGGGCGGGAGCGUGCCGCGGCCGGUGAGCGAGGACGACACCGAGACCGAGCCCGAGCCCGACGGGGAGGAGGGCGACUUCUGCUUCGUCUGCAAGGACGGCGGCCACCUCCGCCUCUGCGACUACAGGAACUGCAACAAGGCUUACCAUCCUAAGUGCGUGGAAAAGGAUGACGAUUUCCUCAAUUCAGAUGAGAACUUCAUCUGCGGUUGGCACACAUGCUGUAUCUGCAAAGGGCGUUCAUACUAUCGGUGCCUCUGCUGUCCGGUUAAAUCGGUUUGUUGUGGUUGCCUGAGAGAAGCAGACUUUGUCCAAGUCGGAAGAAGGCAAACAAAGGGAUUAUGCGCUAACUGUCUAAGGCUGGGAAUCAUGAUUGAGAAUAAUAUCGAAAUCGACUCUGAUGGGGAGAGGGUUGAUUUCAGUGACAGGUCAACUGUUGAAUUUUUGUUUAAGGAAUACUGGGAGAUAAUUAUAAAGAAAGAGGGCUUAACAUUGGAUAACCUUCAAGAAGCUUAUGCUAGUUUAAAUGAUGGCCCGGAUCAAAUGUCAGAUUCUGAGAAUUUUCCUAAAGUACAGGACAGCUCAGAUGAUGAUUUCUUGGGCAAUAGUGAUGGUGGUGAUGCUGAGCCAAUUUGCCCAUCUAAUUUAAAUGGAACAUCAAAUAAAGUGAAACCCUUUCUGAAGCAUGCAAAAUCAAAGAAGAAUGUCUAUGUUGGCUGGGGUUCAAAAGAGCUGAUUGGAUUCCUUGAAUCAAUAGGCAAAUAUACAUCCAAAUCUCUAGAUCAAUUUGGUGCUGCUGAAGUUGUCAAGGAGUACAUUCGACAGAAGGAUCUUUCGCAAAAAGAUAAGAAAAAGCAUGUCAUAUGUGAUGAGAAACUCAAGCAAUUGUUUAGGAAAUCAAAGGUUAAGUACAACAAGAUAUAUAGCUUGCUCGAGAGGCAUAUUGCUGCAAAUGACACAUCUGAGGAUGAAACAUUUGCCAGUUCUGAGGAUAACAGUGAUUCAUGUAUGAAGAAGAGAACUCGGACCAUGACCUCUGAGUUCACUACUUCGAAAGGGACUUCUGAAAGAAACAAGAGAUGCUUUGCUUCUCUUGUUUGCGACAACAUUAAGUUGAUCUAUUUGAAGAAAUCCGUAGUUAUUGAUCUGCUAAAGCAGCCUGAGGCAUUUGAAAAUAAAGUUAUUGGUUGUUUUGUUAGAGUAAAGAAUGACCCCAAAGACUAUAGUUACUACAAGCCUAAAGCAUUCUACCAGCUUGGACAAAUAACUGGCAUUAGGAAAUCCUCAGAAGAAUACAAGGUAAAGGACAUGUCUACAGAUAUGCUUUUGUGUGUUUCCAGCUGCUGGUCUGAAGUCAAAAUUUCCAUGUUAUCAGAUGAAGAUUUUGGGGAGGACGAAUGUGAAGAUUUUCGUCUGUUCGUCCAGAAAGAACACUCUAAAAGGCUCACUGUUGCUGAGCUUGAGGAAAAAGCGAGAAGUGUACACAGAGAUAUAGUCACUCAUUGGAUCGAUAAAGAACUUAAGAGACUGGACAAUUUAAUUGAAUUGGCCAAUGAAAAAGGUUGGCGCUGCGAGAAGCUCGAGUACAUUGAUAAGAGACAGCUAUUGCGCUCGCCAUCCGAAAGACAACGUCUUCUUGAAGAGGUCCCUCGAGUUAUUCCAGAUCUGGAAGAUAAUAAAGACACAGAAUUAUUAGUCGCAGCAUCAGAGAAGUCUUUUCAGAUGAAUACAGCUACUUUACAAGGUAAAUACUUAUUUUAUGUAGGUGCCAGUGGGGACAGAGCUGUUUGCUCGGAAAGAUACUCAGAAGAAUCUAAAGGCGCCAACGGGGAGAAAGCUGUUCGUUUGACACGUUGCUCAAAAGAAAAGCCUAGAGGGGCCAAUGUGAGAGCUGUUUGCUUGAGAAGUUGCUCAGACGACAAAUAUAAAGGUGCCAAUGAGGACAUAGUUGUUUGCUUGAGAAGUUGCUCGGAAGACAAAUAUGAAGGUGCCAAUGACGAGAGAGCUGUUUGCUUGAAAAGUUACUCAGAAGCUGCUCACAUGAAAAGUUUCUCUGAAGAAAAAACUAAAGGUGCCAGUGAGGACAGAGCUGUUCCCUUAGAAAGUUUCCCGGAAGAAAAUUCUAAAGGUGCCAACGAGGAAGCUGCUUACCUGAAAAGUUGCUCUGAAGAAAAACCUGAAGGUGCCAACGACGGCAGAGCUGUUUCCUUAUCCUUAAAAAGUUGUCCAGAAGAAAAUUCUAAAGCUACUGAAGGUGACACUGAUACACCGAAAACGCGUGUUCAAAAUCAGGGCACUGCAGACACUAAAUCCAAUGCUGCUGGCGAUACACCCAGAACAAAUGUCCAAAGCCAGAGUACUCAGGGUAGUGAAGAGAAUGCUGCUGGUGAUAAACUGGGAGCAAGUGUCCAGAAGCAGGGUGCUGCAGCCAAUGCAGCUGGCAUCCCAGCUGAAGUAAUCAACAUUGAUGACGACGAAGAUGGUCCGACGCAUGAUCAAGGUGCAAACGUGGUUGUUGUUGAUAUGGAUGCCGACGAGUCUGGGAAUACUCAUGUGGCGCAACGCAAGACAAGGCGGUCAGGCAUGUGGCAUUACAGGGAUCCUUUUGGUGACGAGCAAGGCCCGUUCUCUCUAGAGCUGUUGGAUGGUUGGAACAAACAAGGCUACUUCGACGACGACUUCAGGGUCUGGAGAGCCGGUCAGUCUAGCGACUCUGCCAUUUUGCUCAAGGAUGCUCUGCGUCUGAAGCGCUGAGAAGGAUGGCAGCUACUUGGGGUUCUCAUGCUAGCAAGUUAACAGUGAAAGAGGGGGCUUCUCCUGUAAUAUAUUCCUGCCCAGAUUCGCCUACUUUGUUCCUAAUAUUAUGGUGGGAGGACCAGCCAGACUUACAUUACCUGGUCCUGUGAAACUUUGGCCUCGGCUGUGAAUUGUGGGAUGGACAUAAGUUGGUUUCAGAGCUUGAUGCAAGUUUAUGUCCAAACAUGUUCAGUUAUGCGUUCUGCUCUCUCCUUUUUCUUGUUAUAUAAAAAAAUGGUAACCUGGUUUGAAA